GGGCGUGUGCGUUAAUCAUAGUGGAGGAGUCAGGGGACAAUGAUGCCCCCCAUAAUAGGGGAAACACUGCGCGUAUGGUUCCUCUCGGCGUUGGUGGUUCACGGCGCUGUCGCCGGCAAUCCGGAUGCAAAACGCCUUUACGACGACCUGCUAUCUAACUACAACAAACUAGUGCGCCCCGUUGUGAAUACCUCGGACGUACUACGCGUGUGCAUUAAGCUCAAGCUAUCGCAGCUCAUCGAUGUGAACUUGAAGAACCAGAUUAUGACGACGAAUCUAUGGGUCGAACAGUCAUGGCACGAUUACAAGCUGCGAUGGGAGCCAAAGGAGUACGGGGGAGUUCACAUGCUACACGUGCCCUCCGACCACAUAUGGCGGCCCGACAUAGUCCUCUACAACAACGCGGACGGCAACUUCGAGGUGACCUUGGCUACGAAGGCCACCAUCUACCAUCAAGGAUUGGUCGAGUGGAAGCCCCCCGCCAUUUAUAAGUCAUCCUGCGAGAUCGACGUGGAGUACUUCCCAUUCGACGAGCAGACCUGCGUCCUCAAGUUUGGUUCGUGGACCUAUGACGGCUUCAAGGUCGAUCUAAGGCACAUGGACGAGAAAUCGAAAAGCAACGUUGUGGACGUCGGAGUUGAUCUUUCCGAAUUCUACAUGUCUGUAGAAUGGGACAUUCUAGAAGUGCCUGCUGUAAGAAAUGAAAAAUUUUACACCUGCUGCGAUGAGCCGUACCUGGAUAUUACCUUUAAUAUAACGAUGAGGAGAAAAACUCUUUUCUACACUGUAAACAUUAUUAUUCCGUGCAUGGGAAUUUCCUUCCUUACGGUGCUGACGUUCUAUCUACCCAGCGACAGUGGAGAAAAGGUCACGCUCUCCAUCUCUAUUCUCAUCAGUCUCCAUGUGUUCUUCCUGCUGGUCGUCGAGAUCAUUCCACCUACGUCACUGGUCGUGCCGCUGCUUGGAAAGUACCUGAUAUUCGCCAUGAUACUUGUUUCGAUAAGUAUAAGUGUCACCGUUGUUGUCCUCAAUGUCCACUUCCGGUCACCGCAAACGCACAAAAUGGCUCCCUGGGUGAAAAGAGUUUUCAUUCACAUUCUUCCUCGCUUGCUGGCUAUGCGAAGGCCUCAAUAUAAAUUUGAUACAAAUAGAUAUACUUCAAGCAGAGUUUUAAUGAGAACUGUCGGAGGAAAAGAAAAGGCUUGCUAUUAUCCUUAUCGUUCAUCCACUCAAGAGGACAGUGAGGAGCACCUAACACCUAAACGAUUUCAUAGUCGUGUUCCUUCGAAAGAAGACCUCUCACCUUCCAGUCUCACGGAUGGUGCACGAUUCGGUGGAAGUUGCUUAAUUCAUGGACCAACGUUACCACCGCUUCCACUUCAUACCGAGUGCGAGAAUCUUUCCCUUUCCGGUGAAGCAGGGAUCGAGGAAGUUAAAAGUCCAGUUCUACGAAGUCCCCCCACCUUUUCCCAUUCCCGUUGCCCGCCAGAAAUUCACAAGUCCUGUAUCUGCGUGCGUUUCAUCGCGGAACAUACCAAAAUGAUCGAAGAUUCAACAAAGGUGAAAGAGGACUGGAAGUACGUGGCGAUGGUCCUGGACAGACUGUUCCUGUGGAUCUUCACCCUGGCGGUCCUGGUGGGCACGGCUGGUAUUAUCCUGCAAGCUCCGACUCUUUACGACGACCGGGUCCCGAUCGACAAAAAAUUCAGCGAUUUUGCCACCACGACGGUGGUGAAUUGCCCGCCGCAAUAGUCUAUGCCUGAGCCCUGCACCGUAGAUAAAGAGUAAGGACCAACGCCUGGAAGUGACUCGAUACCAACCCGGAAUCCCACUCUAGUCUCAGGAACCUCCAACUUCCAUCGAUGUUCGAUAACGCGAAAUUACGGUCAAAGGGCUCCAUUUUCUAAAACGA